AAAUAAUUGAGCGAUGCGUGACGAAUAGUAACGGUUACGUGGCUGGGGAGUCACCCAUGAGACGGCGGGGGUGUACUCCAAAAACCGUGUAAACUUAUGAAUAUGGAGUUCAUCACUUUCAGAUUAUUACAUGUUCUGUUUUCUGGAAUAUUAAUUUAGUAGCGUAUACAAUCGGGAACUCUGCAGUUUCUACCGAUUGAGCAAAUGUGAGAACGAAUCGUCUUAUCCCCACGGCAUUAGAGAUGGCCAAUCAGGAGCAAUAAAGAACAACUUUACAUCAUUUUAGGUUAGUGGAUUGUGGGCGUGGGUAGACUAGGUCUUGUUUGCAUACGACCGCUGAUGAACCACGCAUGGUUCAAAAACUCAACCUAUUGCCUUCAACACCUAACAUCAUAGGAUGCGAAGUACGCAAUGAGCUAUCCUGCGCGGCUCUUUACAACUCUCAUCCGCACACACCACAUCACCUCGCGCAAGAAGCUCCACCGUGUGAAAAAGGCUGCAUCGCAUCGUGGUAUUCCCUAUGUCUUGGUCAGAUACGGCGGGUCCCCGGGCAUCAUGUAUGCCGAGUGCCGGGACGAAUCAUCCCUUAACAGCUGGGUUAGCACGGUACAUGAGUUGAGAUACAAGGACUUCCAGUGCGUACAGAAGCCCACAGCAGAGACGGUUCUGGCCCAAGGAAACGAGGACAGCAUUGGGGGCAAUGCACCAUUCAACGAGGUUGAAAGUGUUGCGGAGUUUGGGACAGUAAUGGAGCGAAAGGGCCUAGAGAGAUGGUGGAAACUAGGCAUGGGAUAUGAGAAAGCAAAAUAAGGGCAUGGAAAUAUGUCUGCUCGCAUUGUCUUUCAAUAACGUGUUCGAUAAGCCUGCUUCUUAGCACAGCUACAUCAGCACAUCACCAUUACAAAGAAGAUGGAAUAUAGAUAUAUUUUAUUGCAUGGCAAAUAGAUUGGCCAAGGUACGCCUGUCCGUCUAUUACUACCCAAGUCUGACUGCGCCCGAGUCGGAAUGUGCUGACGCAUGUAAACUCAGCCGUCGUAACGCAAUAUCGUAUGUAGAACUGUACAUCUGCAACUCCCGAAAAGAAAAAGAAAAAGAAAAAGAAAAAGAAAAAG